AUGAGUGUAGAUUGUAAAUUGUCGGCUCGCAAAGAGCUGGCUUUGGCCAUCCUCCCCAUUCCAAGUGCAAUGCUAAGUGUGGUAGGAAGUGUAACGAUUAUUUACAUGGCAUACAACAACCGAAGGAAAAGAAAGUGCUCGCCGUAUACGAGGCUUUUGGUAGCAAUGAGUGUCUGUGAUAUCAUACUCAGUAGCAAUCUCAGCAUGGCUACAUUUGGUCGUCCCCACGCGACAAGCUCUCGGGUCUACUCUUUUGGCAACUCGGCAACCUGUUCCACUGUCGGAUUCUUGAAUCAGGCUACCACGGCAACAAUAUUUUACCAGUCCAUGCUCUCAUGCUAUUUCGUUCUGACUGCUCGAUUCGGUGUCUCCAACGACUACAUUGCCAAAAAGAUUGAGCCAUGGAUGCAUCUUGUUUCCAUUGGCUAUCCGUUGGCAACUGCCAUAAUUACUCUUUCAUUAGGUGCUUACGAUGAAUCAUCUACAAUGUUGGGCUGUUGGUUGGGUACUUGGCCGAAAGAAUGCCAAGAGAGCUGGGGUGAAACGGCAUGUGCUUCGAUGAUCAUGGGAUACCUCUGGUAUGGUAUACCAGUGAUAUUAGCGUUCACAAUUUUGAUCGCCAACAACUUUGUGAUGUUUUCAUUUGUCCGACGCCAGAUGCCUCGCGAAAAGAGCAAGAGGCCUCGGCUGAAUGGCAGCACUGUUCAAAGGCAAGAAGCUACAGGAUUCGAGACAGCUACUGAAGUAGAUGAUGCUGAUUCGUCAUUGGCGUCAGGAGAAGAGCAGCCAGCUCCCCAACAGCCCGCCCAGCGCCAGCCCUGUGGGCAGUCUUCUACUGGACGUGAUUGCCAUGUCGAUCAAAGGCUAUAUCAGCAGCGGAGAGUUAGGCUGGUGAGCUCUCAAGCAUUGCUCUUUGUUAGUUCCUUCUUUCUAUGUAAUGCAUGGACCACCGCUGGAGCAAAAUUUGAAUCGAUAGGGACUGAAGAGACCGAGAUGAAGAUUCUUGUUCAGUUUUACCCCGUAUUCGCUUGUCAAGCUUUCUUUGCGCCGCUUCAAGGAUUUCUCAGCAUGUUGGUUUACAUUCGACCUCGGUAUCUUGCGAUUCGACAGCAACAUCCACAUCAACCAAGAAGAUGGGUCGUUCGGAGGGCAAUCUUUGGAGAGGAAAGAAAGAAGCAGCUUGCUCGUCUACAAGAGGGGGUAAUAGAAGAACCAAUGGAGGGUGCCAGGGUAGACGAGCAAGUGCCACCAGGAGAACAAGAGCUAACGCGACUCCCAUAUGGGAGAACGGAAUCAUCACUGACUAACAGUGAUGGUGACUUUGACCAUAUUGUUGUCGCUAGUGCAUCAUCUGGUGAUCGCUGGAAAGGGUUUUCUGAGGACAAGACUCAGAUGUCCGCAAUUUCCACGAGGUUCCAUUCCAAAGCAAGAGUUUCCACACUAGAAGUAAUCAGUGAAUAUGAGGAAAUUACCUUCUGCAGCCAAGAAGAGAAAGCUUUGCACAUCAGUAAAGAACCAAAUAUACUAUCAUCGGACAUGCGGUGGAGCAGCAACGGAAAGUCUACGGAUUCCUUGUCCACCUUGUGUCCACAACGAGUGGAGAGUGAAUUGAAGUCGACUGUAGAAGAUUCAACUUCUAUCACUGAUUGGACAGAUGAUACAUCUAAGGACGUCCCAAUCAGAAUACCGAAGCGUAGGUUGAGUCCAACACCUACUUCCACUGUUGAUGACUUUUAA